AUGGGCCCUCGAAUACUGGUACCCCUGUGCGGAAAGACGGUGGACAUGGUCUAUCUCGCACGCCUCGGCUACCGCGUGGUGGGCGUGGAUGGCGUGCGGAAGGCCAUCGAAGAUUUUGCCAAGGACUUCGGCUUGAAGGUGCCCACUGCCAAAGGGCCGACGAUGCACGUGAACUUCCCGCCUGAGCUUGACCCAAGUCGCUUCCGGGGACAUGCGGUGCUCAUUCCUGCCGGACCAGAGGAUGGAUCCAGGCACGAGCCUCCUCCACCGGUGAUCUUCGUGGAAGGCGAUUUCCUGGGACUUGGCCCCGAGCAGGCCAAGGCAUUAGUCCCUUUCGAGGCGGCCUUCGAUCGUGGUGGCUUUGUGGCCGUGGAGCCCAGUGACAGACAGCUGUAUGCUGACACGUUGGGUCAUUUGAUGGCUCCGGGCGGGCGCAUCCUGCUCGUGGCUGUGGAGCAUGACGGCUUUGCCGGCGGAAAGCGCGGUCCGCCUUACCAGGUCACGGCCGAAGAAUUGCAGAAGUAUUUCGGUGGCCGCUUCGCUUUGAAGCGGUUGGGCAGCGCUGACGCCCUGGACGAAGCGCUGAGGGCGCGGGGCGCCACUCGUUUCAUGGAGUCCGUGUACCUGCUCACGAAGAAAUAA